AAAGCUGAUUGUGCAGACGGCCUUUGAAGGCCUCUCGCACGCGACGCUGACUGAUCUGUUGACCGCGGCGGCGCCCCCGGGUUCCCCCGAGCCAACAGCCCGAUGCCCGCCGCACGCUACCGGAGCGGAAUGAGUCGGAGGGGAACCGGCUGCAGCUCAGCGUCGCCGUGGAGGAGCUGCUGGUUCCUGGAGCGAUGACGGCGUUAUAUUUAAAAAGGGGGGAACAAUUGCAUAACAAAAGCGAAUUACAAUAAAUAAAUGAAAAUGUAAAAAUGUCAUUAAAAUGUCCUUUUCUUUAAAAUUUAUAAAAAUGUAUUAAUAUCUGACAAUUUCUUAAACAUUCUUAACAUUUCUUAGAAAUUCUCAGAAUUUCUUAGAAAUAUUAAAUUAAUAGAUUGAGGUCAAAGUGUCAGAGAUGCAUUUUAAUCACAGGGAAGUUUAUUUUCUCGUCAUUGAAACAUAAGAAGUGGAUUUGUUCCAGUGAUGGAUCUCAGCGUCCGGGACGACGUCGGCUACGCGGACUACGACAGCGCCGACCUCUCCGUCUACUCGUGGAACGCCAGCAACGCCACAGACUUCGGCGGUGGCUGGGAGUCGGACUACUGCGAGGCCGGCGAGCAGGAGCUCGCCAUCAAGACCUUCCAGCUCGCCGUCUUCGGCCUGAUCUUCCUGCUCGGCGUGGCGGGGAACGGCCUGGUGAUCGCCACCUUCGCCGUCUCCCGCCGCCUGCGGCUGCGCUCCGUGACCGAGGUCUUCCUGCUCCACCUGGCGCUGGCCGACCUCCUGCUGCUCCUCACGCUGCCGCUGCAGGCCGCCGUCACCCUGAGCCGAGGCUCCUCCCCCUCCGGCGCCCUCCACCGCGCCGCGCGCGCCGGCUACUCCGUCAACACGCACGGCGGCCUCCUGCUGCUGGCCUGCGUCAGCGUGGACCGCUACGCGGCGGUGGCCUGGCCGCACGCCGCGCUCCGGCUGCGCGGGCGCAUCCUGGCGGUCGGGAAAGCGGCCGCCUCCGCCGUGUGGCUCGUCGCUGCGCUCCUCAGCCUCCCCGAGGCGCUCUACUCCGAGGCCACGUGGCACGACGGCGAGGCGUACUGCGGCGCGGUGAAAUGCGAACGGCUCAAAACCUUCGCCGGCAGCGCCGUCGUCGCCGUCUUCUGCGUGUCCCUCGCCGUCAUGGUGGCGUGCUACUCGUCGGUAGCCCGCGUGCUGUGGGAAGGGGACACGCUGCGGCGGGGGACGCGGUGGCGCCGGCGGCGCACCCUGAAGCUCAUGGUGGCGCUGGUUCUGGUCUUCGUGGCGUUCCAGCUGCCGUACGCGGCGGUGCUGUCGCGCAAGAUGGCCGGCCCGUUCUGCGGCCUGCUGCUGGAGUACGUCACCUGCUCGCUGGCGUACGCCCGCUGCGCCCUCAACCCCGCCCUGUACGCCCUGGUGGGCGGGCGCUUCCGUCACGACGUGCUGCGGCUGCUCCGGGACUCGGGCUGCCGGCGUUCGCUCCCGCCGGCUCCACGGAGCAGGAGCAGCAACCCCACCUCCUGCUCCGCUGCUCCUGGCGGCUCGCCAACAUCCCGUGUGAGGCGACUCUGAGCCAAUCAGAGGACCGGCGGUUCUAAUUAAUUUCAUUAAGGAUUUCUGGUAUUCAUUGUUGAUAUUUUUUUUCUACAUUUCUCGGAAUGUGUUUUUUAAGUAGUUUUUUUAUUUUAUAAUAACAAUAAUAUAUUAAAUAACUUUUUUGAACAAAUGUUGUUGAUGCAUCUCUACUGAAGUGUUCUCAGAAAUAAAAUGUUAAUAAAU